AUGUCUCACAAGUUAGAUAUUGGUAAAAGUGAAUAUUUACUAUUCAAUACUGUUGAUGAAGAAGCAAAGAAAUUCUUCAGACCUUUGGAUUUGCUCCAGACUAUCUUCUUCUUUUCAAAGUACACCAUUCGUGACAACUUUAUAACUCACAAAAGUUUAACCUUCAUAACAUUAUGUAUUGCAAAGCAAGAAAAGCGAAUGCACAAAAAUAUAAUUCGUUUAUCUAAAACUACAUUAAAAAUGGCGCCUUGCAACUUGUUCGCUAUUGAUGCUACCACGCCUCGGAGACUUUUGUCGCUGAUCGCUACGUAUACCAUAGUUUUGUUGCAGUUUGCUCUGCUUAAAUAA